AAUACCUGUCUGCCUGCCAGUCUAAAUUCCAGUACGGAGUCAAGAAUGGAUUAAGAGAGAUAAGAUAAGAUAAGAUUUCGUUCGGAUUUUUAACCCCGGAGGGUUAGCCACCCAGGAUAACCCAAGAAAGUCAGUGCGUCAUCGAGGACUGUCUAACUUAUUUCCAUUGGGGUCCUUAAUCUUGUCCCCCAGGAUGCGACCCACACCAGUCGACUAACACCCAGCCUGGCAUGAGCAGAGAUUGUCAACCUUGGAGGAUGAAGUGCCAGCCGGAGGGAGAACAUCUACGUCAGCCAACUAAGUCACCUAGUGAGCCACGCUACUCAACUUAUGGUCCACCUGGUGAGAGACAAACCACUCAACAUGGUGCAACUCGACAACAAUAUCCAGAGAGACACCAGCCAGAGCGACACCAGUUGCAACAUCAGCAGGGAGUUAAGGGCAAGCCUGUCGUCUGCUUCCUUUGUAACAAAGUUGAGGUUUGCGAGUCUGGGGUUAGGGCAGUACUGGUGCAAAACGGGGACAAGGAGUUGCAGCCUGUAGCCUUCUUUUCUAUAAAGUUCCAGCUGCACCAGAGGACUUACUCUACUAUCGAAAAAGAAGCCCUCGCCCUGGUACUGGCUUUGAAGCACUUUGAUGUUUACGUGGGCCAGACUUUGCAGGUGGUCACUGUCUAUAGCGACCACAACCCUCUAGUACAUCUCCAAGCCAUGAAGAACCACAAUAUGAGGCUCAUGAGAUGGAGUCUAUGACUGCAACCCUAUUCUCUCAGAAUACUACACAUUGCCGGCAAAGAAAAUAAGUUGGCAGACUCUUUAUCUAGAGUCUAACAAUGUUACUCUAUAUUAUAAUUAUAAUUGUAUAUUAGGUUAGGAUGUGUUAGGUUACCUGUGGUAACCCCUUUCAAGCUCUUUUUUUUUAUCCCCUGGUGUGGGGUUUUUUUUAGUGAGGGAGUGUGGGAUACCGUCCUCCCGCACUUUGGACCUAUUCUAGCCCGGCUGUCUGCUGUCUCGCUCUGAGUUUAGGGUUUGGCUUUUUGUCACAAAUAAAGCUGAGCUCUAUCUAAGAGUUGGAUGGUUGAGAGGAAAGACGGUCCCAUUAUUUGGUGCCAUUAUUUUGGUGCACGGUUACCACUGGGAGGUGGGAACCUAAUCCUGAGCCCUCUCGGGGUGGGGGUGUGGCAUGCAAAGAGUACAUAAUCUUUAUUCGGCGCAUGUACACACCCUCAUUCAAAGGCUAUCUUCUCCAACCAGCGAACCAGGUGCUAAGGGUUAACAAUGGGGCCCCGUCGUUCAAUCAGUACACAGGUUCCAGCCAAUGAGAAGAUGGUUUUGGCAAUUGCAGAGGUGAUGUGGGUAUCACUCACCUGUCUGCCCUUGUCAUUCCCAUUCUAGAGCUGGUUGAAGCAUGGUCUGCUCUAUAGUGGCUUCUAUUCUGCCUUGCUUACCGUGGGGUGCACUAAUACCUAUUGUUGUACAUAGUGUAUAUAGUGUACAUACUUCUAUUCUAAAUUGAAGGAUAAUACAAGUCAAAAGUUUUUUUACUGUGUUUAUUUUGCUCCCUUUACACCCAGAAUAACAGGCCUUUGAGACUCCUGGGUUGUAAUAAUAUGGACCACAGUUCAAGUCUCCAACCAGGCUUCUGUUCAUUCAUUGACAGUCAUUCAGAACAACUUAUCUUAGGUUCCUACCAACCCUUUUAACAGCUGUGAGAAAUUAUACAUAAAGGGAAACAAGGAGAGACUUAAAGAGCUGUGUUAAACACAAAUAUGCGUGACACAUUAACAACAAAAACAAUAUUUAUGUGGUGCAAACAAAAAAAUGUCUAAUGUUUUAUAGACUGGGAACAGACUGAACUCGAUAUCAGUAACGUAAGCCAUACCAGUACAAAGUGUUUAGAGGUGGCUUUAAUUAUGAUUGUAAACACUGCUCAUAGAAGCAGAGGGGCUUUCAGUUUAGCUUUCCACCUCAACUACAACAUAGUCAACAAAAAGGAACCGACAUCAGGUGUCUGAUGCACUGGUCACUUCUCCAACUUCACCUGACACACUAUCCUCCUCCCUAAUAUACAAAUAAGCAAGUCUUUGAUUUCCUCGAUUUAUUUGACAAAGUUCACUACAUGCAAAUAAUA